CCCCGGUCUGGGAACGGUGCUUCUGCUUUUCAUUUCCAGGGUGGAUCCGUGGCCACACAGGGGUCAUGACGUCCAGCUCCAGAUAGAAGCUGUUAAGCAGAGCAUCCUGGUGAGGUUGGGCUUGGAGAUGCCUCCAACCAUCCGCGGCCCCGUGGAUCAAGAGGAGAUCCAGAGGGCACAAUUGCACUACCAGGAAUUGCUAGCACAACUCCAAGCGAAUCGAAUGAAGCUGCCACCAUCCACCACUCUUCAUCUUUUGCGGCCUGAAUUUGUGCACACGAAUGAGUCCACGUCUGGAAAUCUUCAGGCUGCCACACAUGUGCAUCUGGAAUUCUCCAGGACAUCAGAACUUCAUCAGAACCUCAACAUUCUCCGGGCUGAAUUGACUCUCUUCAAAGAAUGGCUAGAUUCUCCCAGCAACUCUCCAUCCAAUGUAACAUGGCCAGUACUUGUGAAUCUCUACCGACUGUCCAAAAGGGAGAAAGUAACCCCCGAGCUGCUCACUUCCCAAGAGAUUUCAAGAACUUCACCAAGCCUCAGUCUGAAGGGUGUUGUAGAAGAAUGGAUAGGAGGUUUGGAGCCCAAGCUGAAUCUGGGCCUGGAGCUUAGGUCAGACAAGGCUGCGUGGCUGGCUGCUAGCAUCGCGGAAGAAGGGACAGGGAUGCCAUCCCUGACCAUAGAGGCUGAAUCUCGAAAGACAGUAAGGAAGGCCAGGCAGCUCGAUGAGGAAGAAUGCAGGAAGGGUGAUGGGAAGUGCUGUUUGAGGUCCCUUAAGGUCUCCUUCGAGGCCAUUGGGUGGUCGGACUGGGUGGUGGCCCCACGAAGCUACUCUAUGAAGUUCUGCGAUGGUUCCUGCCCACACAACUACAAACCAGCCAGCAUGCAUGCCCAGAUCAAGGCCAGAUUGCACAGCCUUUCUGGGGAGACUCCAGCACCGUGUUGUGUUCCCGCCGCCUAUGAGCCGAUGGUGCUGAUGCAUUACGGCAAUGAUGGGAAUGUGGCCACGCAACUCUUUGAUGACAUGAUUGUUACACGGUGUCACUGUGCAUGAAGUUGGGGAGGGGGGACUCAAGAUGUGCAAAAGCAAUAAUGGACUUUUUAAAAAAAUAAUGAACAUAUCGAGUUGAGCCCUUUUUGGUGUGGAAGUGGACAUUUUCUCGGAAGAAUAAGUGUCUUUUGCACAUCCCGAGGACCCAAAUUGUUGGGGGCAAUAUGCUGACUCUGUAAACCCCUUAGAGAGGGCUGUAAAGCUCUGUGAAGC